AUGGCGGGGAGGAGGGAGAGGAUUGCGAUACGGAGGAUCGAGAAUCUGGCGGCGAGGCAGGUCACCUUCUCCAAGCGCCGGCGGGGCCUCUUCAAGAAGGCCGAGGAGCUCUCCAUCCUCUGCGACGCCGAGGUCGGCCUCGCCGUCUUCUCCGCCACCGGCAAGCUCUUCCAGUUCGCCAGCUCCAGCAUGAACCAGAUUAUUGAUCGGUAUAACUCUCAUUCCAAGAUACUUAAGAAAGCAGAUGAGCCAUCUCAGCUGGACUUGCAUGAGGACAGCAAUUGUGCAAGACUAAGGGACGAGCUUGCAGAAGCAAGCCUCUGGCUCCAGCAGAUGAGAGGAGAGGAGCUCCAGAGCCUGAACGUCCAGCAGCUUCAGGCUCUAGAGAAGAGCCUCGAGUCCGGGCUCGGCUCUGUUCUGAAAACCAAGAGCCAAAAGAUCAUGGACCAGAUCAGCGAGCUAGAAAGAAAGAGGGUGCAGCUGAUAGAGGAAAACGCAAGGCUAAAGGAGCAAGCGUCCAAGAUGGAGAUGCAAGUCGCCGCUGAUUCACCGGUGGUGUACGAGGAAGGACAGUCGUCUGAGUCCGUCACCAACACGUCGUAUCCGCGCCCUCCCCUCGACACCGAGGACAGCUCCGAUACCUCUCUCAGGCUCGAUUACCACUCUACAACUCGAAGUGAUUGGCUGGAAAUUAUCCGAAGCAAAGUGAUGGUUGGUCGCAACAAGGUCCUGAAUCGAACCGCGCGCUGCAUCGAAUAA